GAAAUUCGAGCUACAAGCAGCUUUAUACUCAACUUUCCUGAAGAAAUACCAACAAAAGAUUUAGAAGCUGCUUGCUGCACUUGUUUGGAGUCAUCUUCAAUUAGAGUGAAAGCAAAAUUAACUGCUUCUGACUUCCCAGAAGGGAUCCUGCAAGGCUUGCUUUAG